AUGUUUUGUAAUAAGCAACAUAACGCAGAGAACUGCAUUGUAAUUAAAAAUUAUAAGAAAACCAUUGACUGUCCUUCUCUAACAAAGAACGCGAAUAAUCAUAAUCACUCAAAUUCAAAACCAAAGCUCGCUCAUUUGAAUGUCAGAUCUCUGAAAAAUAGAGAUAAUUUGGUCCAGUUGAGGGAACUUAAUGGCGAACAUCAGUACGACAUUUUAACGAUAUCGGAAUCAUGGCUUAAUUCCACAGUAAAAAAUUCAGAAGUUGAAAUUGAAGGUUACAGACUGUUGCGGUUGGAUCGCCUUGGUAAACGUGGAGGUGGUGUUUGUGUUUUUACUCGUAACUCACUGAAAACAAAGAUUAUAAAGGAUAUAUCUGUAAUUUCAUCAACGGGUUUUCAUCAAUUGUGGAUAUUAAUCCAACAUAAGAAAAUGAAAUCUAUUGUGCUAUGUGUUGCUUAUAGACCUCCUGACUGUCCAGUUUCCUGUUUCGUGGACGAUUUCAUGGACAACUAUUCAUAUGCACUUAUUUUGAAAAAAGAUAUAUUCGUAGUGGGUGAUCUAAAUUGUAACUUAUUAAAAAGUGGUCCAGAAUCUGAUGCGUUGAACGAAUUGUGCAGCAGCUUGAAUUUAUUCCAACUUAUCAAGGAACCAACUAGGGUGACUUUGCAGUCCUCAUCUCUCAUCGAUGUGAUUUUAACAUCUAACACAAGCUUGGUAGUGGAAAGUGGAGUUGAAAAAACGCACAUCAGUGACCACUUUCUGGUUUAUUCAAUAUUAAAGCUUAAAUUGCCUAAGAAAUUACCUGAUUACAUGGUCAUAAGAAGUUUUAAGAAUUAUUCUUCUGAAGCGUUUAAAAAUGAUCUAGAACAGCUGAUUUGGCAAGAAAAUCCAAUUGACCAGGGCGUUGACCAGCGACUGGACAAUUUUAAUCAGAAAUUUCUAAGAGUAUUAGAUAUGCAUGUCCCGAUAAAGACUGUUAAGAUUAAACGUCGCUUGUGCCCUUUUGUUGACCAGGAAAUUGUUCAACUUAUGAAAAAAAGAAAUGCGCUGCAUAAACUUGCCCGCCAAACCCUGCAGGCCUUGGACUGGGACAGAUAUCGUUCAUGUAGAAAUCAAAUUAAAAGAAAAUGGAGAGAAUCCGAGAGAAAAUUUGUGUAUAAAAGAAUUAAUGACAAAAAUAGCAACAACAACUCCCUUUGGAAAACUGUAAGAGAAUGUAUUCCUAGAAAUGAAAAAACACGUUUAACUUAUUCUGGGAAUGUCGUUGAAGUAGCGAACAAAUUUAAUGAAUACUUUUCUUCAGUCGGAGCAAAAGCAGCAGAAGAAUCCAAAGCGUUGAUUACUUCAUAUGGUCUUACAUCGACUCAUCCAGAGAUACCACAUAAAUUUAGUGCAGAAAUUGACAAGUUUCAUUUUCACCCUGUGUCCUGUGACGUGAUUCGUAAAAUUGUGUGUUCUUUUCCAUCCAAUAAGUCCCCUGGACCAGAUAAAGUUUCUGUGAAAGUGAUCAAAGAUGCCCUACCAUACAUUCUUCAACCUCUUACGGAUAUUGUUAACUGCUCUUUAAGAGAAUCUUUGUUUCCCAGCGCCUGGAAGUUGUCAGAAGUUAUUCCCCUAUUAAAAGAAGGGGAUCACGAAAUUGCUUAA